AUGCCGCCAAUCGACCGGUGCCUGGCCUCCAUGGCCAGGCUCAGCCUCUCACAGUUCUCGCAGGUCGCGCGACCGUCAGCGACGUCGAUACCGCGCUUCCUGGCGCCUGCUCUCGUGCAGAGCCGCCAGGCCUCGGUGGUCAGGAUCAAGAAGACCAAGAAGAAGCGCCCGAUCCCCAAGGACUUUAAGCGCCACAACCUGGAGAAGAGACAAUUCCCUCAGUUUUCAUUAUGCGAGGCGAUGCGCGUCCUUCGCGCCGUCGAGGUCGGCGAGCCCCCUGCGUCGGUCAAGUACGAAAUCCACAUCAACCUCAAGACUGCGCGAAACGGACCCGUCAUCAAGAACAGUAUCCGCCUGCCGCAUCCCGUCCAGAGCGACUGGCAGAUUGCCGUCAUCUGCCCCGAGGGCAGCGAGAUCGCCACUGCGGCCACCGCAGCCGGCGCCGUCGCCGUCGGCGAGGAGACGCUCUUCGAGGCCAUCCGCCAAGAGAAAAUCGACUUUGACCGACUCAUAUGCCAUGAAUCCAGCGAGAAGGCGCUCAACAAGGCCGGGCUGGGCAAGAUCCUCGGCCCUAAGGGGUUGAUGCCGAGCAAGCGGAUGAAGACCAUCGUCAGUGACGUGCCCAAGUCGAUCAGGGACUCUGCCGGCGCCGCCGACUACCGCGAGCGCCAGGGCGUCGUUCGCAUGGCCAUUGGGCAGCUGGGUUACACCCCGGACCAGCUCAAGGCCAACAUCCAGGCGCUCCUCAAGAAGAUCAAGUCGGAGUGCGCCGAGAUCUCGGAGGAGGUGUCCAAGGAGGUGCACGAGGUCAUUCUCAGCACCACGCACGGCCCUGCGCUGAGCCUCAACGGGAAGCUGAGGGACGCAGAGGAUCAGGUCACGCCGGAAGCGUUGUCCAAUGUCAUGUAG